GUGCUUCAUGUCGUUGAUUUUGCAGAUCGGUGGUAAAUAAGUGAAGGCUAUUCUUAUUAUCUGGACAGACUUGACUUUGGCACAGUACCUUGUAGUAGUUGAAGUUACAGAGACCAAGAAUUGUUACUGAGACGCGCCAGGGGUCCUGUCGGGAAAGGGAUGGGGCCCAUAGUUUGAAGUGUAUAUCGAUGUGAAGGGUAUCAAUAUGCUGGAAUUUGGCCUCCUGUCGACAGAACGCAGUAUGGGGCGAUUUCCUUUUGAUAGCUGAUGUUUUCUCGCAGUUGGAACGACGAGAACUGCCCAUGUUCAUUUGACAGGUUGUGCAAUGGAACGAUAGAUUGUAUUGGGAGCUGAGCCCUCCUUCUAAGUCUGCGGUGUAGCGCGUCUAUCGUGCCUGUCAAACGAUGAUGCAGUAACUGUGUUGAAGGACUUGUAAAUGCGCCUGGAUUUCAUGUUUUCAGUCUUGACGGAAAUUGGGAGGAAGAGAUCCCCCGUUCAUUCCCAUCAUCCUUCUCGACAGAAACAAUUGUGAGCAUCUCAAGAAAGUCUUCCGUUAUGGCUGGCUGGAAAAAGGAGGAAGAGAUCUCAAGCAGACCAUGACUUUGAGUGCAGGCGUCUCUGGGCCGAGAGUGCUGGAAGUGCUUGACAUCCAAUGAAGAAGUGAGUCAAUCUUACGAGUUAGCGCAAGGGGGCCACAGCAUUGGUCAUCAUGGGUUUUCGUUUAGCUCCAAUCUUCUUCGUUCUUUCUCUCAUUCUUUUUGUGCAGAUCGUGCCACUCUGUGCCGUAGACCCACCUGCCUGUCCACUUCCCCUCACUCCACUCGAGGUUUCCCCCACCUAUACCUACAACUACUCUUCACCUGCCUUCCAAUCGCUGUUCGAACAGCUAAACAGCACCAUCCAACAAUUUACCAGCACUCAUGGCAUGAAUUCAUACGCAGUCGCUUUGGUACAUGGAAACCGAACCAUCUAUACCAACGGCCUGACCUCUACCAAAUUUCGCAUUGCUUCUAUCACCAAAACCAUUACAGCUCUUGGGGCUUUAAUCCUUCGAGACCGAAGGCAGCUUUCACUCGACGACCCUGUCAGAACUCACCUCCCUGAUUUUUCUAUCAUCAACCCUUAUGACGAUCACGAGAUUACAAUCCGGGAGCUUAUGGGGCAUGCAGCUGGCCUUCCGCGAGAGCUCUGCAAUUUAGUUUAUAUUCAGUGCAAGGGCAACGAAACAGACAUACUCAAGCAGGUGGCUGGGAUGAGGUUGAUUCGACCCCCAUGGAGCAGCGAGCCUGCAUACUCGAACUUAGGGAUCGCUUUACUUGGCCAUACUUGGGAGAAGGCAACCUCGCCGAGAAAGACGUGGGAGGAGUUUGUAACAGAGGAUAUUUUGAAGCCUCUAGGAAUGGACAGCACUGGAAUUGAUCUUGAUGGUGUCGAGCUAGCUCCUAGCUCCAAUCCAAAUGCCCGAGUUGAUCUUCUUUGGGUAAGACCAGCAGCACAGAUGUACUCAACAGUCGAGGAUCUUGGAAGAUACCUACAGUUUCUGAUUACCGGUCAGCCAGCACUCAUUUCAGAGAGUUCAAUACGAGAGUGGAUAAGCCCAGCUACUGUAUUUAACGAUGGAAAGGCAGGUUAUGCCUUUCCCUGGGAGCUUCGAAAGCUUCCAGACUUCACAGAGAUGGUGGUGUCUAAGUCAGGUGACAUUUACUCAUAUCGCUCACACAUUGCUUUCGACCCACCCAAUCAAGUGGGUGUCGCUGUUUUAACUGUUUUUGAGCCGGGUACCACAUCUAGUUCUGAUGCCUUUGCUGAUACCGUCUUCAUGCCUCUGGUCAAAACGGUUCAAAAUGUAAAUGCUGAGUUCAUUUCAAGUUUUUAUGCCGGACUAUAUACAUGUACGUAUCAAAAAUACACCUACAGUCCAACACUCGACUUCAAGACACAAGUCUUAUGGGGCACCGUGAACGUGUCCGUGGAUCCCAGUCUUGGGAUCUUGGCUGAUGCCAAAAUAGCUAUCAUGAAUGACAAGGUUCCAGUUGGAGUGAACAGUACUUGGUCACUUUUGCUGAAAAAUGCGACAGAACACACGUUUUGGUUUGGGGAGGCACCCAACUGCGGUGCCUUUGCCGGACAGAUUGGUGCAGGUCCAGAUUUGGCACGUCCCAACAUGGUGGGCACCCUUUACACAAACAUGCUCAUGUUUGAUCCGAGAAGAGGAUCUCUUGAGUGGCCUGCUGUAGGUGGAAAAUGUUACAAACCUGGAUUUUCUUCAGGUCACACUGUAGGGGUUACCAGCUCUUCUCUCACAGCGACUCUUCUCGUGCUCUUCCUACUGUACCUAGCGUAAUUCUAGCUCGAAUGAGAAGGCUCUGACGCAUUCACUUCUGGAUAUAUCAUCGAGAACCACCUUCCUCAAACCUGUGGGAUCAGUCUUAAAUAUUUGCAGGAUAGAUGCCUUCGUCGAUACAGAGGAUAUUAGCUACGACGGAGUUCCUACAAUGUGACAGGACUCGGGAGUGAUAAGGAAGGACAGUUUUUCAAGGGCUGUUGAUAUGUACCAUAAUUCAAGAAGCGUUCUACAGAAGCUGA